CGCUGAGAGAAGCUGAGCUCUCUUUAGAGUGGUCUGCCUCUCUGACGUGCUCCAUUUUCUCGAAUUUUUGCUGUUGUUUUUCGCCUCUGACUGUGUUGGCUCGUGGCGCCCGCCUUUUCCCUCCCUCCCUCCUCCUUAAUUUCCCCCGUGUGAGUGGCGAUGAGCGGCGGCAGCGGGUCGGCAGAUCUGCCCUACAUCGGAUCAAAGAUCAGCCUCAUCACCACAGCAAACAUACGAUACACUGGUGAGCUGAGCGGGUCAGUCAGGGGAUGACGGGGUGGCUUGCUUGACUGCCGUAGAAUGGUGGUUGGUUUGUUUCGUGUGUGUUGUCUGUCUGUCUGUGCGUUUCUUUCAGGAUAUCUGCAUACGAUCAACACUGAGGACUCGACAGUCAAACUCGAAAAUGUCCAGGCGCACGGUAGGGUACACAAAGCCCCACGUGGCGGGGCGGGGCGGCCUGUGUGCAGUGCACUGAGAUGGUGUGAUGUGGCGUGGCCUUCACUCACUCUCCCCUUGUGUGUGUGUGUGUGUGUGUGUGUCAUGACAUGGCUCUCUCAGGCACUGAGGGUCGCCCUGCGCCCUACUCGGUCCCCCCGAGUGGGGAGGUAUACGCAAACGUCGUAUUCAACGGUGGGUGGCUACACAGAUCACACACACGCAUCUCGCCCUUGCCCCAUCUCACCUCACCCACCAUCAGGCCGUGACAUCAAGGACCUGACUGUGUGCGACUCGGAGCACUCCCCGACGUCACGCCCAGGGGCAGCCACCUACAGCAACAGACAGCAGCAGCAACGCAACACAGAACAGCCCACAUGGCAGCAGCAGUCGGUGUAUGGCAACGUGGCCGGGCCCUCCUCCUCUUCCAGUGGGGGUGGUGGUGGCGGCAUGUAUCAGCAGCAGCGGGGCGCAGGCGAUGGACGCCCGGCGGCUGCUGCAGCUGCCGCUCGACCCAACGAACCCCGCAUCAUGCAGGUGGGUGACCCAUAUAGAUGACAACAUUCUCACCCGCUGUCUUUUCUCACCAGUCAGUGUGUUGUGUGUGGCCUGUCUGUCAGCUGGGUGGCGGCAACCAGGGGCCUCUCCUGCAUCGCGACAAUGCGCCGGCGUCGCAUCACUCGACCACCACAGUGUCGGACGCACCCUACUCACACUCCCCCACAGCUGCUGGCGUGACGCCCGCCAUCAGCCGUGCGGGGAGUGCCAACGCCCAGCACCCACCCAUGCCACAGCCGCAGCCACAGCCGCAGCGACCACCACCCGGAUACGGAGGAUACGCCAACCAGGUGACGAGGACAUACAGACGAUGAGAGUGUCCCACGUCAUCUCAUGUGUCUGUCUGUCCUGUUUGGACGGUUGCAGGCGCCAGAUGGCCCGGGUCCCUUCGCGGCAGCCUACGGCGGCCGGCCCGUCCCGCCCCCUCCCUCCUACCCAUCAUACCCAGCACCACCCGCACCAUUCGCCUUCGACCAGCCAGCACCAGCACCGGGUGCCGGCCAGCCACGGGUGGGGGCGGGCAUGCCGGGUGGCGAGGGUGGGAGUGACGUGCCGCUCUUCCCUGUGGGCGAGCUGCCGGCUCAGCCCAACAUCUUCACGCGCACCGAGAUGGAGAGCAAGGGCGAGUACGACUUCGAGCGGGAGAACCUCAAGUUCGAGCAGAUGCGGGCCAAAUCGGACGUCAAACGUACGUCGGGCGGGGCCAGAGGAGCACGCACACACACAGACCCCAUCAAUCACACAGCGCCACACAUGUGUUGUUUGGUCCAUGAUGCGUUGGUCGAUCAGUUGAGGAGACCAACCUGCCCGAGAGCCGCAGUGCGUCCGGCUCCUAUGUGCAGUCGCCCCCUUUCCCGUCGUCCUCGGCGGUAGCAGCGGCAGCGGCGCAAAACCACGCCUCCAUGUACCCUCACAUGGGCCGGGGCGGCCAGGAGACGGUCGCCGACGUGGUGGGCGGUUACUCCAAGACGAGUUUCUUCGAUACCAUCUCGUGUGAGGCGUCCCAGCGGACCAGGUUCCCCGACAGCCUGCGGCUCGACAGGAACAAGGAGAGGGUCCUUAAUGUGGUCAGUGCAUGAGAUCAGGCGGCUGGCGGCGAGUGUGUCUGUACGUCAACAGAGCGUUGUUGUGUGUUGUGUGUUGUGUGUGGGGUGUGUUACAGGAGACCUUCGGCCCGUCUGCGGCGUCGUUGAGCGUGCGGCCAUUUUCGGGCUACGGCUACACGUCCAACCGCAACUACCGCCCCUACGGCCACCAGCAGCCCAGGGGCAGAUACGUCUACACCCUACAAACACCACAGGGCAUCAAGUGAGCUAGCUAGUGAUAGGGAGAGGUCAACACUACCACCAAACCCUCACGGCAAAUUCAUCCCACUGUCUGUGUUGCUUUGCCCGUGUCUCACUCAGGCGAUACGGCCCACCUGACUUGGUGGACCGCGCCAAUGCUGCCGAUUUCCGCAGCCAGAACGCCCCGCCACCUGGCUAUGGCCAGCGGGGGCCGCAGUCGCCCACUGCGGGACCUUUUUCCCAGCCACACCCUGCUGCUGCACCGGCUGCUGCUGCCGGGCUGACGCAUUUUCAGAGUGGGGGGAUGAAUUAAUUCGAGAGGGUGAUGGGACGGCAUGGGGGUGUUGUGUUGUGUUGUGUUGUGAGGUAUGGGUGUAUGGGUGUAUGUGUGAUGUCUUGUCAUCCAUCGCUUGUUGAUGGAGAGUGAGUAUUGCAUUGUGUCGGAGAGGCAUGCACAUGGUUGCUGUGUGUGGGGGUGUGUGCCUGGGCCUUGUGAUAGCAUGGGCAGUGGGGCAGUUGGUAGCCAUCAUGUUGAGCUACCAGCUGAACCACUGCGGCGAAGGCUUCACAAGGACAGGCCCACACCACACAAACGUGUGCAUCACAUCAACCACUGAUUGCAAAUGAAAGAGAUAUGCAGCGUCGCUUUGUUGUCUUGUGAUGGUGUGGUGUUGGUUGGCGGGUCUGGCGGUCCGUCGGCACACUCCUUUCUCGGCCGUUCGCAGUGCGUGUCGUUCCCGCUCAUACGGAGAACGACACUCAUUGCUGACGGGCCAGAUGGGACGUGCUGCCCGCCGCAGACCCUCACGUUCAACACACACACACAGAAGAAGUGAGAGCAAUGGCCGGCCGUUUUAGUCCGUGUGUAUGUAUGCCUUUCGUACGCGUACGUAAGCAAGGGUCGAUCGGAUCGCCUGGGCGGCUGUGUGGGGAGAGAGGGG